AUGGAGCCCAAGGUAAUGUGGCUGGCUUUUGGGCUGUUCAGGAUACUAUGGUGUUUGGCUCCACAAACAGGCUAUAUACACCCUGAUGAAUUUUUUCAGUCUCCGGAGGUUAUGGCAGGUGACAUUUUGAACUUGAAAACCUUCCACCCUUGGGAAUUCAAUACUUGUUACCCCAGCAGGACAGUUCUUUUCCCAUUGGUCACAGCAGGGUUUUCAUUCACAAUACUUAAAACUUUACAAAAUGUUGGCCUCUUUGGCAACAUCAUAAACAGCUAUACUUUGUUGGUUUUCCCCAGACUUUAUCUGACGUGCCUGUCCUUUAUUUUGGACUACUCUGUAUACCAUUUAGCCUGUCUCUGGAAUUUAGACCCAUGGAAUGCAUUAACCCUGUUGAGUAGUUCUCAUGUGAUGUUGGUUUUUCACACCAGGACAUUUUCAAAUUCCAUUGAAGCAGCUCUGUUUGCAUUGCUGCUGUUGCUAGUGGCUAUAGACACAAAGCAAACAAAUGUGGCAUCAGAUGCUGGAAAAAAGAACAGAAAGAAGAAUAAAUGUCUUAUGGGGAUUGUUUUAGUGUCAGGAUUUUUCAAUAGGCCCACCUUCAUUGUUUAUGCAUUAGUGCCCAUGUUCCUGUGGCUUUCCCAUGAUCAAAAAGGCACAUUUCAGUUCAGUUUCAGAACUAUUUUGAGCAAUACUGUUGGCACUUUUUCAUCUGUAAUUGUACCCACUUUUACGUUCAUUAUGAUAGAUACAUUAUAUUUUGAUGCAAUGUUUUCUGACAUUCCCUGUUUGUUGAAUACUGGAAAUCCUGUACAUAAGCUUAUUGCUACUCUAAGACGACAUAUAGCUUUAACUCCUCUCAAUUUCAUUGUGUACAACUUGAAAUCAGAAAACCUUUCGACACAUGGGAGUCAUCCAUGGUUUACACAUCUGACCGUGAAUAGUCUUAUGCUGUUUGGUACUCUUCAUUUGUCAGCUGUAGUAUCUGGUAUCCAAAUCAUAUUCAGCAAAUUUACACGUGGGGCUAAAAGUCUUGCUCCAAAGAAACAGCAAUUUGAACAGAGAUUAUUGAUGGUGUUUCCUGUUACACUUUUAAUGACUGAAUAUUUAAUUCUAGUUUAUUUUGUUCCUGUGAUCAUUCUUUCUUUUUUCUGUCAUCAGGAAGGACGGUUUCUUAGUCCACUUAUUGUACCAGUUGUUCUUCACUGUGCUAUAAAACAUAAGAUAUCGAAAUGGAAAUUAGUAAGUGUUGUUUUUAACAUCCUGUGUUCAGUAUAUUUUGGCUACCUACACCAGGGUGGGCUGAUUCCUUGUAUUUCCUAUUUAGAGAAAGCUCUCCAUUUCAAGGAUCCUGUAGUUAAUCAGGAAGAAUACAUUUUGAUAUUUUAUCACACUUAUAUGCCUCCUAGACAUCUCCUGAAUGUCAAAUCAGAUCAAGACUCUGUCAGAAUCAUUGAUCUGGGAGGAUCUGAUAUUUCUGUGCUCAACAGCACAGUGAAUAAAUUACUUGACCCUUUUUCUUCUAUUGACAACAACCAAAUGAAUAUGUACAUCAUUGCACCUGGUACUGUUGAAAACGUCUUUCUUUUUUGUAACUUUCGGUGUAAAUCUAUUGCAUCCUUCUUCCCUCAUUUGUCCAUGGAAGAUCCUCCUGAUAUGUCUAAACUUUUUUCUAAGGAUAUAUUGAUGCAGCUGAGUCUUUACAUUUUCAAGGUAGAUAUUAAUGUU